AUGAGAAUAAAUCGUAAAAAACGAGCAGUAACUUCUCAAACCUAUCAAUUUAAUUUGGACCCAUCAGAAGAAGCUCAAGGGCUCACCGAAACUUUGAAAAAUGUCAAAAUUGGCUCAGAACUCAUGUUCAAAUGCACAAUGAGUGAAAAAAUGAGUAAUUUACAAUUGCGUUAUCAUCAAGAAGAAAUUGGAGAGUUCAGUGGUGAUUUCACAAAAACGUAUACAAUUCCAAAAUAUCAAAGAAAUCAGGCUGGAAUUUAUGAGUGUACUGGAAAACGACCGGAUGGAAAAUAUCAUUUUCGAGCUGUGAGAGUUGUUUCAGAAAGAGAUGUGAGUUUUUAAUAGGGUCGUAACAAUUGUUGUUAUCAGUUAGUUGAAGAAAAAUGUUUGAUGGACGUUCGUAAUUGUUUCCGCGUUAAAGUACAAAAGUUUAAAAAUAGUUUUUGGCUAACUUUUAAUUAUGACCUAAUGAUAUUUGUGGAAAAAAAUUGUAGUGUUCAAAAUAAUCAUGGUCAUUUGAUAAACUCUGACAUAAUCAAAUUUGCCACGUCAAACUUCCUAUCUUAACUGAAAGUUUACAGAGGUGGGACUAAUUAUCAGAAUGACACGUCAUAACUAUAAAGAUUAUAGUUUUAUUUAUUAGUGAUCUGAGUGCAACCGGAGCAUUAAAAAUUGAUCCACGAGAAAAAAUGUUUCCACAUAAUGACAAUAAUUUUAAAUUUCCAGAACAAAACCCAACUUCCAACCUGUACAUCUCCUUCGGACGCAGAAAUGUGCGGUUUGAACGGUCGAUGUGUGAUGGAUAAUAAAUUCAAACUUUGCGAGUAAGUCCUACAUACUCUUUUAAAAAUUUAGAAAAUUUAGAAAUUUUAUUUCAGAUGUGACGACGGUUACAUGGGUGAAUUUUGCGAGAAAAUCUGGAUGACAUCAUUUGAUGGUGAGCGCCAGUUAAUUUCACGAAUCCAACCCAGUGAGCAAAUAUUCUUGGCUAACAAUUCUGUGAUUGUGUCUAACCCUGUUUUGUUAAAUUCCUUAACUAGGGGAUGUUAGCUUCAAGGCAUAACAGCCUCCUUGUUUAAAAAUGUCCAAGUUUCUUGGCUUCGUUAAAUUCUGAUAAAUAUAUAUAUAUAUAUAUUUAUCAAAAGUUCGUAAUUUCUUAUCUACAUUCGUACUGUUCGAAAUAAUAUAGAUUUUUCACGAAAAAAUCAAUAAUCCGGGCAUUUCUAAACAAACAUCAUCUUUUAAUGAAAAGACGAAAUAAAAAAUAAAUGAUGAAGUUUUCAGUAAAAAUGCUGCAAGUUGUCGGUGGAACUUUUACAAUGUUGAAUAUUGUAUGUAUUCUCGUGGCCGUGAUUCUUCUCUUGUUAUAUUUACGCGAAAAACAAUCAAAGCGACGAGUUCGUCAGAAAUUCGAUGAUUUUUGCAAAGCUAUUGAAGAUUGUGACAAAGAAUAUGAAGGUUAGCUUCAAAUUAAGGAGAUCUCGAAUAGUCUUCAAUAUCUAUAUUUUUCAGAAGGUCUACGCAUUGACAUGGAACAGCAGAAAAAAUCGAGUGGCUCAUUUGCACGACAAAGUAUGAAGAAAAUGCGAUUGGCUUAUCAAAGAGCUAGAUUGGAUGAGACCGAUCAGAAUCCAAAACUUAUCGGAAAUUAA